AUGGCAAUGUCAUAUCUGAGAUACCUUUACACUAAAGCCUUAGCCACGCUACUCCGUGCUGUUGUUCUCACGUUCUUCCAUUUGGCCGGUCGUCGUAAUGCCCACCCCGACGAAGUACGCCACAUACCGUGCCGUGAUAAGGGGCGGACCAUCAAAGUCCACAUUUACCGAUCGUCCGACAAAACAAGCCCAUCGCCAGUUCUGGUCAAUUUCCAUGGGAGUGGGUUCAUGCUGCCCCUGCACGGCAGCGAUGAUGAAUUUUGUCGAUUCAUCAGCAGCCGUACCAAGUACGACGUCAUCGAUGUUUCCUAUCGCUUAGCACCCGAGCAUCCUUUCCCGGCAGCCCUAAACGACACCGAGGACGCGGUGAAGUAUGUGCUCGGCCGGCCAGAUGACGGCCACGCUUUCCCUCAGGACACCUUUCGAUCUGUGCUGGCCAUCUAUCCAUCAGUUGAUCUCAGUCGUCCGAUCACCGAGAAAAUCGCGCCUGAUAGCACGGGCAGGCCCCUUCCAAACCGAGUGCUGCGAUUCUUUAGUUCGUGCUAUGUCCCUGGGUUAGAUAGAAAGGACCCGCGUAUUUCCCCCGCAUUGGCGCCGCUCGAGCGGUUCCCGCGUCGGGUUCUCAUGAUCACCGCAUCUGGUGACUCGCUCUGCUUGGAGGCGGAGAGGCUCGCCGAGUCGCUGAAGAGCGUGCCAGGGUCGCAUGUGGUCUGUGAGCGGAUGCAGCAGUGUAGUCACGGAUGGGACAAGAAGCCCCGGGCGGGGCCGGCGCAGGCGGCUGCUACCAAGAAAGCCUAUGGACUGGCGGUGGAGAUGUUGAACGAGUAG